CGCAAAAGUGCGAAAACUGUGCAACAACACUGGAAAGGUCUCCCGCGAUGGGGUUCUCUCGAAUUCUAUCGGGCUCGGCCGUCUAUGUCCCUCUAUCCUAAACCAUUACACUCUCCAUGAAGAUAGAAAUUGGCUUCUUCUAAUCGCUUUAGGCUGUUGUUGCUGCCACAUCCUAUCAAGGCCCACGGCCCAAUUUGCGGUUAUGACCUUGCGGCCCAUGCCAUGGAUUUUUUCUCUCCAGACCCAAUGGCAGGACCUGGCGUCAGCGAACACCUCCAGCAAGAAAACGUUACGAUCCAACCACAGUUAUUGAGCACUUGCCCCACCACUAUCGAGCAUCCAUUUGCAGCCGAUGCCUUACCCUUCCACCCCCGAGUUGGGAAUAAUAUCCAAGUCGCAAGCGGGCACGACACGAAUUACCCUCUAUUUGAAAAUCACGACGGAUCUGCGGCCAGUCUUUUACUACACUCUCCAGAUGCCAUUCACCAAGUUGGCAAUCUUCCACCAACACUUUACCAGAUUCCUCAACAACCAUCAUGCCGGCAUCAAGCCAAUACAGGCCUAGGAAAACGACCCCGGCAUGACGAAAUCACCGAAAUAUCCUUACCAACUGUGCCCGCGGAGACCACUAUGCCAGAGGGCAACCCAUAUCAAGAACAAUAUGUCCUAGAUUGGUCUGGCGACUACAUUACCCCAGGAAGUAAUAUACAAAACUGUCUGUCAGGGCCAGUGGCUCUUGAAAUGAGCUUCAUGGGUGGUUGGUCAACUUCAAGCUUGUCGAAUUUCAUUCCUACAGCCAGCUCCAAACUAGAAUUCGGCACUCUUGCAUUGGAGCCAAGCAACAAAAAGCCACGACCGCUCUCUUCAGUGAAGCCAAAACGUCACGAGUUACGGCCAAAAAAGCCAAGCCGUCACUCAACCCCUCCCAGGAGUCAUCCAGCUCUCACCAGGUCACAAUCACUCGGAGUCAAGGUGAAGCAGCAGACCAAUCAAGCAAAAACGUCUCGCCUCCUGGCUUGUCCGUUCUACAAGAGCAAUCGCCAUAAGCACCAUGACUGCUUAAAGUAUGAACUUCGGAGAGGAAAGGAUGUCAAGCAACACAUUUACCGAAAACAUGUUCAACCCGAAUUUUCUUGUAGUCGCUGCUACGAGAUAUUUUCCACGUCAAAAGACAAACAUGACCACGACAGAAAUGUGCCACAAUGCAAAGGGAAGCGUCCCCCUCAAUUCGACGGCAUUUCAGAACGGCAACGACAAGACCUCAACUGCAGCACCAGUCGAGGCCAGUCAAUAGAAGAGCAGUGGUUCAGUACAUGGGACAUAUUAUUUCCAGGCCAAACGCGGCCUCAAUCUUGUUAUCUCGAUAACUAUCUCAAUGAAGUCAUGUCACAAAUUCGAGACUUCUGGGAUCGAAAGCGGGAUGCCAUCCUUCCAGAUAUACUAGACGAUAGUCACGUCAAUGUGGUCAAUCCUGGCCUUCUAAACACCAUGAUGGGGACAAUAUUCGACAAAUUCCAAUCCGAAAUGUCAAUUCCAGCGACUGAGACAAAUACAACACCGUUGGUACCUGGGCAUACGUCACAACAGCCUGUCGAAGUGUCUGACACAAGGACGAAAGAACUGAGCCAAGAAAUCCACCCAACAAACGCCGGGCAAGAUUCACAGGAUGAUUCCCAACUGGAGACGAUUUUCAUGGCGACCGACCUGGUUGAAUUCGACGAUGGGGACGGAAUUCCGAGAGACUGGGGAUUCACGUUCGGCUUUGACUCUCCACCUACAAGUUCCGCAUAACUGAGAUUGUCCAAGGACUCCAGCAACGAGGAUUGUGGUGCAACGUGGAGGUACCCGGGGCUAAGCUUUGGUCUCUAAAUGGAAAUUGAGAACGGUUCAUUAUCAAUUGCCCGCCCUUUCUCCUCAUUUUAUUUUGCUCAAGUAUUAGAUAGCACUCCAUUUGCAUCAUAGUCAGUCAGCAUAUGAUACACGAUCUGCGGUGAGCACUUCCAAUUUAUAAUCUUUUAAGUCUUUCUUUGUUUCUAGCUCGAGAGAUUGUCG